AUGAUGUUCCGGGACCAGGUGGGCAUCGUGGCGGGCUGGUUCCGCGGCUGGAGCGAGUGCGAGCAGACGGUGGCGCUGCUGGCGCUGCUGAAGCGCGUGACGCGCACGCAGGCGCGCUUCCUGCAGCUCUGCCUGGAGCACUCGCUGGCCGACUGCCCCGACAUCCACCUGCUGGAGGCCGAGGCCAACAGCGCCGAGGGGUGUCAGGGGGGUUCCUGCAGCUGUGCCUCGAGCACUCGCUGCCCCGACAUCCACCUGCUGGAGGCCGAGGCCAACAGCGCCGUGGCCAUCUCCUGGUGGCCCUCUGUGUCCCGUCUGCCAUCUCGCAGUGGCCCCAGGAGCCCGCCGAGGCGGCCGUGGCGCUGCUGCUGGCCCACCUGCCGCUGCUGCAGCCCGGCAACGCGGGCGGCCAAGGCGGAGUACAUGAAGCGGCUGCAGAAGGUGCUGGCCGACGCCAUCGAGAGCAACCGCUGCGUGGAGGAGUCGCGGCAGCUGCUCUCCUACGCGCUCAUCCACCCCGCCACCACGGCCGACGACCGCAGCGCGCUCGCCCUGUGGCUGGGGCACCUGGAGGAGCGCCUGGCGCCGCCGGCGCCGCGCCGCGCCCACCGCGAGUGGCCCCCCGAGCCCCCCGAGGCCGGCGCGGCGGGCUGGGCCGAGCAGCAGCAGCAGCAGCAGCAGCAGCAGCAGCAUGCAGGGACAGCAGGGACAGCGGGGCCGAGGGGAGAACGGGCACCCUCCGUUUCAGGAGCAGCGUGGGCCUCGUCGGGCAGCGAGCACACCGAGGAGCCCGGCGGGCGCAACUCCUUCCAGGAGGACGGCAGCGGCAUGAAGGACGUGCCCUCGUGGCUGAAGAGCCUGCGGCUGCACAAGUACGCGGCGCUGUUCGCGCAGAUGAGCUACGAGGAGAUGAUGACGCUGACCGAGCGGCACCUGGAGACGCAGCCCCGUGUGACCCCCCCGGUGUGCCCUGUCCCCCCAGAACGUCACCAAGGCGCGCGGCACAAGAUCGCCCUGAGCAUCCAGAAACUGCGGGAGCGGCAGAGCGUGCUGCGGGCGCUGGAGAAGGUUCUGGAAACUGGGGGAACGGGGGGGCUGCGGGCGCUGGAGAAGGACAUCCUGGAGGGGGGCAACCUGUGGUCGGCGCUGCAGGAGCUGCAGCAGAUCCUGGGGACCCCCAUCAAGGCCUUCCGGCCCCCCCCGCCCCCCGCGCCCCCCGACGGGGCCCCCCCGGAGCCGCCCCCGGCCCCCCCCCGAGGCCGAGCCCCCCGCGGCGCCGGUGCCCGACGGGGACAUCCCGGGGCAGUUCACGCGUGUCAUGGGCAAGGCUCCUGGUGUCGCGCCCCGGACGAGGAGAACAUCACCAGUUACCUCCAGCUGCUCGAGAAGUGCCUGAGCCACGAGGCGUUCACGGAGACGCAGAAGAAGCGGCUCCAGUCCUGGAAGCAGCAGGUGCUGAAGCUGCUCCGCGCCUUCCCCAAGAAGGGGCCCCUGGACGGCCCCCCCGGCUACCGGCCCCCCAAAAGCUGGCUCUGUGGGGGGGGGGCGGCGGCGGGGGGGGGGGCCGCCCCUUCGCGCUGCCCCCCCGGGCCCUGCCCCCCGCCCCCCGCCCGCCUGGGGCUGCUGGGACCCCCCGGGGGGGGCCCCCCCGAGCCCCCCUGGGAGCGCCCCACCCCUGGGCGCGCCCGGACGGGCAGAGCCUUUGGUUCGGGGCCGGGGGGGGCGCAGGGGGGGACCCCCGGGAGCCGCGGGGCCGUGCAGAGAACGCACUCGCUGCCCGUGCACAGCUCGGCCCUGCUCGCCUUCCCCAGGUGUCCCCCCCCCGGGACAGACCUGGAGAUCAACCCCACGCUGGAGUCGCUGUGUCUGAGCAUGACCGAGCACGCCCUGGCGGUACGGGGGGGACAAUGGGGACAGUGGGGACACUGA